ACAACAGUCUCAUUAUCAUUGUCCAAAAUAUUUAUUGGUGGCGGUGUUUUUGUUAAGUGUCUCGUAGCAAGCACAAUGUUGAGCCGGGGCAGCAGUAGUUUCGUCAAACACUACUUGAGCUCUCGGCGCUUCCACAAACUCCCACUCCACCCUUUCUCUCCAUCUUCCCGCUCCCUUUUUUCUCCCUUGUUCCGAACCCACCGAGCUCUUAAGUUAAACCAGCCCAAACCCAUUUCAAAUUUUUCUUCUGAGACUUCCCGAACCAGCUCCCUUGUCUUCUCUUACCUUGUUGUGGACGUUCGCUGCCAUAAACAUGUUGCGGAUAUGCUUUCAGAUGCUCUUUUAUGCUUUGGAGCAAGCUCUGCAACCAUUGACCAAAAUGACGCCGAUGACAGUUCUGAGUCUGAUGAGAUAUGUAUUACUUCCAUAUUUCCAGAAGGCCACAAUAUAAGCUCGUCCAUUUCACAUGCUGCUGAUUCCAUUGGUCUGAAGGAAAUACCUAAUUAUGAAGUUAGGGUGGGCGAGCAAUAUGAUUGGAUAAGGAAAACUCAGGAAUCCUUCAAUCCAGUCGAAGUUACAGAAGGAGUUUGGAUUGUGCCUGAGUGGAGAAGUCCCCCUGAUAUUAAAGCAACAAAUAUAAUACUGAAUCCUGGAUUAGCAUUCGGAAGUGGGGAGCAUUCUACCACUAAGCUGUGCCUCUUGAUGCUUCAUGAUUCGAUCAAGGGUGGAGAACUCUUCUUGGACUAUGGCACAGGUUCUGGAAUUCUCGCAAUUGCAGCACUUAAGUUUGGUGCUGCCUUAUCGGUUGGAAUUGAUAUAGAUCCCCAAGCAAUUACAUCUGCACGACAGAAUGCUGCUCUGAAUGACAUAGGACCUGAGAAGAUGGAAGUACGCCUUGUUCCAGACAAAACCUGCUCUGUGGCAACGGACUCAUGGGGAGCAACAGAUGAACAAAGCUCCAAUGAAGUUGAAAUGAUUUCAGAAACAGAGAAAUAUGACAUGGUGGUUGCAAAUAUUCUGUUGAAUCCUCUAAUGGAUUUAGCAGAAAAUAUAGUGUCUUAUGCCAAGCCAAGGGCAGUGAUUGCUCUUUCUGGAAUUCUAUCCGAGCAGCUUCCAUCCAUUAUGGAGCGUUACUCACCGUUCCUGGAAGGCAUAACAGUGACAGAGAUGGAUGAUUGGGCCUGUGUUUGUGGCAGAAAGAAAGCAAAUUAUGCUGCCAACUGAGAAGAAGAUAACCCUGCGUUUUGUUAAGCGUUUUUGGUGAAAGCACAAGCCAGGUUAGAACUUAGAACGAAGAGAUUCUCAACCUGACUGCCCCAUCAUGAAAUUCUCUGCUUGGCCCAGGAAGAACUUAUCCAAAAACUUCUAUGGUUUAUCCAAACAUUUCACAGAUACGAGAACUUUUUCAAUUGUUUCUUUAUAGUCCAAGCAAGUACCUUGCUUAAAAUUUCAAAUAAUUAUUAAUUCUUACUAAUGCAAGAAUGGCUUUAGCAAACGGUAAAAGUUAGAAAUGUAUUUUUGAAAGAGGGUGGAUUGAAUCCAAGGAAAAAAAAAUUAGUGACGCAAA